UUUGAAUUCAUUUGUAAAAGUUACACAACUUACAUAUAUAGAGAGAAAGCUUCUUGAAGUGUACCACGUUGAUUCUGAUUUUAAGCAAUCGUUUAUUUUUCAUUGUGUAUACUUCUUACGUAUUGCCGGGUGCAGUUGUACCCGCUCACAGGCUGUAGUCACUCCAUUCGUUUUCAUAGGGAAAAAUGGAUUUACUGUUGUGAAAAUUGUAAUGCACAUUCCCAUCUAAUUUCUCUAUACGUUUUUUUUCCACGGCUGUACUGAAAAUUUAUGUUUGGUCUCAAGGCUCAGCUUAAUUGAAGAAUUGCCUCGUACUCUUCAAAAUGAUUUUUAUAUUGAUGGGAAUUCUAGACUUCGUGGGCAAGUUUUGUAACGGUGCGCAGCAAGCCGUCUCGUUUCCUGUAAGGGUAACGGAAGUAAAGCGAACUCAUGCCAGCAGUUUGCUUCUAGACAUGACGGUGAAGGGAGGCCCUGCCUUCCCCUAGGGAAGAAAUAACUCAUGUGUACCCGAAACUUAACAACUCAGUGACCCUAAUUUUAGGUGUAAUAUUGAGGAACAAUCGUAAUAUACGAAUUGAAAAUACGUAGAAUGAGAAGUCUAAGUGACCAUCCCGAGACGAGUGAUCUCAUAAUAAGCCCGGUGCAUGUCGACUGGCGCUGCCGAAUUGUCAUUUCCGCCAAAUCAUUUAUUGUGAUGUCCUACGAGUUUUAAUUUAUUAUUUGCAUUAUAAAUUUUCCAAAAAUGUGAUAGAGCAGCGAAUUUAAGCCACCAUACAUUUGAACUGACGAUCCUCUGGUUACGCUGCCAUGAAGAUAACAGCCACGGUCGUUCAGAACAUCCUGCUACUUGCUUUGUUUGCAGCAGGGCCAUCGGACGCGUGUCGAGCAUCGAACAAGGCCGUCGGUGUGUGUCUGCAUAUCUUCCUAGAGAGAGAUUUCAUGCCACUUAAGGGCAUCGUUUACCCAUACUCAGCUCCUAACCUACACAGCAUGAGCUAUCGCUACGACACGUCGGUGUCAGAGUUCAGUCGCGGGUGGGUGGAGGGACCAGCUCUCGAGCACUCCUGCAAGAGGCUGCGCGACGUUACUGACUGCUGCACGGAAAUCCUGUUAGAUUGCGACUCUGCCAGCGACUUCUUCAAGUUCCGACAUUUACUUUCGGCCCUGGAGAAAGUGCAUGACUUCCUCUGCGGGAAUCCAGAAUCCCGUAAAUACAGAUUCGUCGAAUUCCUUCAGACGAUUGAAUGCGCCGAGAAAGCACGUGUAGAAACAUACCCGAACACUUGUCACCGCCACAACGUCACUGCUAAUGUCUGGAACAAAAUCUUCCGCCUUGAGAUCGGAUCUGAAAUAUGCGACUCGCUCACAACACAACGGGCAUGUCUGCUGGAGAACGGCGACCUUCUUCACUACUGUAGGAAGGAGACCAAAGUAGACAUUUACACGCAGGUCUCGGGACUGUUUUUGUGGCACUGGUGCGGCACACCUCUGCUGCCGGGCGCCAACAACUUGCCACACGACAGGCUCCCCGGCAGCGCUACAUGGACAUCAGCCGCCACAGCUCCUACCUCUGCAGCAGUUACCCUUGUCAUCUCCUGCACGCUUAUAGCCUACGCCUAUAUUUAUGAUUAAGCCGUCAUUACCCACCAUCCCUUCAUAGCAGUAAUAUCAUCAUCUGUAAGCACAGUAUAUUGUCCUGUCAUCAAAGAUUAGUUUUUAGUCAAGUGAUGAACCACCAAAGAAUGAGUAAGACUCAGCCCAGUUUAAUAUGUUAAAAAUUCCCCUAACAAAUUAAGUUCCAUCCAAGCUAUUUAAAACUUUAUGGUAACACUUAUAUGGUAACAUCAUCAGGUUGCUCAGAUGUUUUUUUUUUUUUUUGCGGAUUAAGUGUAAUAACGAGGCUCUUCCUCAAUCCAAUGUUCCCAAGUACUACUUGCUUGCGACACACAUAAUCUUUACCAGUAUACCUAUUAUAUUGACCAUCAACACAAACAUCGCCGCGAUAAUUUAAAACUCUAUGUAUGUAUUUCAACUUUUUGAAGCGUUUCUCGUGGUGAAACUGAAUAAUUCAAGACUGCAAUGAAUCUCAGGGAGAAUAAUUGAGGUUAGUCAUUUGAGUCUUGAAAACUUUUACUGAACAAGUUACGCUCCACAUGCAAACACAUCGGAUGAAUAACUGGGUCGUAGUAAAUUAUGCACGCAAUUUACUUUGGACUGCAUUGUAUUCCAAAUUAGCAACUCGAGCGGUUUUCAAUAAAUUGAAGCAGAAA